GUGCGGCGGGCGGAAGCCGCAGCCUGGCGGCCCGAGCGAGGCGGAGGGAUAUACAUCAGAAGAAACCAAAAGCCAGCUGGAAUAGUUCCUGGAUGAGAUUUUAUUCCUGUUUGCAGUUGUUUUGAGGGGGGAUACCCUCUGGAUCAGAAUUAAAAUGCUCUGGUUUCAAGGAAAGAGCCUGCAGAUUGCCAAAUCCUCCUUUGGACUCUUGAGAAAUCUCUCUGCCUCUAACAGAGCUCUGCCUGUGUUGACCUUAUUCACAAAGGCCCCAUGCCCGCUGUGUGAUGAAGCUAAAGAAGUUCUCCAGCCGUAUAAAGACAGGUUUAUUUUACAGGAGGUGGACAUCACACUUCCAGAGAAUUCUACUUGGUAUGAACGGUAUAAAUUUGACAUCCCCGUCUUCCAUUUGAAUGGCCAAUUUCUGAUGAUGCAUCGAGUAAAUACCUCAAAGCUUGAAAAACAGCUUCGGAAACUUGAGCAGCAGGUGCUGGCUACAAACUGAUAUUUUCUCAUUGAUGCAAGUACCCAGAUGAGAAGUUUACUUCUAGGCAUCUUGUGAACUAAGAAGAGUACAUUGUAGAGCGGGGAAGCUGUAGGGACGAAGAGGACUACUUGCUGAGUUUACUUUUCCCUUUCGUGACCGUGGAUGUACUUCCCAUGCUGGACAGUGCCCUGGUUGGAAGCAGGCUCUGCAGUCCUGCUGCCGAGCAGCCCUGGAGCCUAACUUUAGCGGAGUAAAUGUUCUUACACUCGUUAAAAUAGAAUGUGAAUUCUUAAUAACUGUGCACUGAGAAAGGGAUGUUUUAAUGAACACAUCUGCAUGCAGCCUAUUUUAGUGGAAUUUAAUAACACCUGUUUAAAAUUAGUGUUCACUUUUGUGGAGUAGAAUAGAAUAAUUGUCCUAGCCAAAAAGGCUUCACUUCAGAAGGAGAAAAGAGACCUAAACCUGCAGACUGUGUAUAGCAGACUCAGGUGUUCAUGUCAUCAUGGGAUUGAUUUGUAAUGUUGAGGACUGCAUUAAGUUAUCAAUUAAGUUAAUUCAAUGAAUUGUAACAUAGUAACUUUGUCAAAUUUUUGUAUCUUGGAAAUUAUUAUUUUAAUCAUAACUGAACAUACCUAAGCAUAAAGUAUCGUUUUAUAUAAAGUAUUAAACAUGUGUUUUUGUACUCUGAUUUAUAUUUUGUCAAAUUUGGCAAACAUCCGAAUGAAUUCUCUUAACACCAAAACUGUCUUUUUUGCUUAAAUCGCCUCCCUAUGAAGUUCUGUGAACUGUCUGAGUGUCAGUAAGUGCUCAGGGUGAGUUAGUGUUAGAAUUACAGAUAAUGUAGCCCACCAACCUUAGACAUUGUCCUUACAUUAUCCAGGAAGGAGAAUCUAAAGCUCAAAGAGUUGGAGGAACUUUUCCAUGGUCACCCAGCCACUCAGCCACUGGGCCAGAAUCUUGACAUUUCUAAUGUUCUCUGGAUUUAUGUAGUGGUUCAAAUACAGCAAUUCCAGCUACUGUGGGUACAGCACAAAGUAAGCCCUCCAAAGUCACUAUUUAAAAAUAUUAUGCUUAGUAUUGCCAUGUUGUCAUAGUAGCUAGGACAGGUAGAGACUAAAGUUAAAAUAGUGCUUCAUAUUUUGCUUUAUAUUUGUUUAUACUUGCUUUAUAAUUGCUUAUAUCGAGCUACAGUAUUCUAUAAUUCUAACACCAACUCACACUGAGUGCUUACAGGUCCAGUGGCUCAUGACACCCAAACAGUUCACAGAAGUUCAUAGGGAGCUGAUUUAAGGGAAAAAAGACAAUUUUUUCUUUUAAGUGAAUACCUUCUAAUACAUGCCAAAUCUGACAAAAUACAAACAAAUAUAAAAUAUGAACAAAAAUGGUAGACUUUUCUCAAACUGAAGAAAUCUACAAUAUGGCUAGAUGCAGUGGUAAACACCUUUACUUCCAGCACUCAGGAAGCAAAAUCAGACAGAUCAGAUCUCUCUGAGUUUAAGGCCAGCCUCUACAUAGUAAGCCCCAAGAUAGCCUGAGCUACGUAGUGAGACCCUUUGUCAAAAAUAAAAAUACAUCUACAAUGUACUUACAAGGUGGUCAAACUGAAGUGGGAAUUUCUAGUUUCUUUGAAGAAUCAAUUGUAUCAUGUGAUGUUUUUCUGGAAACUUAUGAGAGAAUAUUUUUGCUGAAGCAGACAUGUGAAAGAAAGUUUUGCUGAGAAUAGACAUGUAGUGUUUUUCUGGAAGCAGCCUGGAAAGUGGGUAUGUGACGUUUUGCUAAAGUGGAUACUUGAAAGAACACAUGAUGUUUAAAAAGGGUAUUAAGUAUAAUCUAACAGACAAUGGACACUGUUGUAUGGCAUUGGUUCACCUUGCCACUCUUUUCUGGUCAUUGUUUGUCAUGACUUCAUAGAAAAAAAAAUGCCACCAAAAA